GCAUUGUCAAGUGCCAUGACUUUGUUACUCAAGGUAACAAUCUGGUAUCUGCCCAUGCCUAUUUCAAUACUAUGUAAAUUUCCUGUGAGAAAUGAAAAAUGCAUUACACCUAAAAACAAAACAAUAGAAAAUUUACAUUACAGUUUAAAUAAAAGACAAAUCUGCUCUAAAUUUUAAUUAUAACCGAGUACAUAACACAGAAAUAAAAACAAGAAAGAUUUGUGUUCAGUGCAUAUUUAAGUAAUAUGACUUUUUAAGCAAAAACAGAAAUGAAAACAUGUGAGAAUUUUACUUUUUCUUAAAUAUGCCAAAUAAUAAACUAAGUUACAUGCGUCUUUUCUUUUCACGGCACAAAGUGGAUAAGCUAAUAUCUUAAUUUUAUUUUUUAUAAGUAAAAUAAUACAAUGUAAAAUAAACAGAGAAUAGACAGAAACAUUGUCAAUUUUCUCAUAUUUUAAAACCCUUUACAUGAAUUCUUUAAGCAAAGUACAAUAAUGCCUCCCUCUGACGUCACUGUCCAUACAUGGUAGGGGUGUUUCUGACUUUGGACUCAGAUGCAAUUAAAAAAAAAGAAAUUCAUGUGACCUUCGUCUGAACUCAUGGGAACUAUAGAUAUGCGUUUAGUCCAUAUGUUCUUCUCCAUUUAUAUUUGAUUUGCGGUGAAAAUAUACGCGGGCCACAUCAUUGAGGUGUCCAGAAGGAAUCGGGCCUUUCAUUUGGAUGCAGAGUUAGAAGCCUGUAUAGGAAGAUGAAAAAUGAACAAAAAAAAAGGCAAAUAUUUGUGUUUUGCUGUACAUUUUAAGAUUUUUACUCAGCUGUGUCUGGCCACAAAAAAAAGUGAUUUUAUUUCAAUGUGGAUUUUAAGACAAAAUAAAAAAUAUACAUUUUUGUAUAGGUUUCUGAUGAGAAAUUUCAAUUACCAGAAGACGCACGAACCAUUUCACCUGCAGAAAAGCUUACUAACACUUGCUACAAAUAUAUAUAUAUCGCUAAAAUUAUAAAGAAAGACAACUGACUGCAGGACUUUUAAAUAUUUUUCGUAUUUACAUUUUCCAGUAGGAACUCGAAUCCGCCACCUAAACACAGUGUGGCUCCCGUUUGUUUGCGGGAGUUGUAGUCCAGUCUACAUCGAGUCUCUCUCAUCAUACGGAAUAAAAAACUACAAGUUCCAGAUUUGACAACGCGGAAACAUACAACAAAAUAGUAGAAGUAGCAACAUACGACAGAAGGAAGAUGUCUUAUGCUGGAAAGAAGAGAAAACUAGACAAAACCCGACAGGACACGCUUUAUUUUGAUAGCUAUUCUGAUGUGACGAUACAUGAAGAGAUGAUAGCAGACAACGUCCGGACCAACACCUAUCGUACGGCCAUAUUUAGGAACAGCGAGUCUAUUAGGGGUAAAGUCGUGCUGGAUGUCGGGGCGGGAACCGGCGUUUUAAGCAUCUUCUGCGCUCAGGCUGGCGCUAAGAAAGUGUACGCCGUGGAGGCCUGCUCCAUAGCCGAGCAGGCUAUGGAAAUAGUGAAGCAGAACAACGUAGAGGAUAGAGUGGAGGUCAUAAGAGGUACGGUGGAGACGGUGGAGCUGCCGGAGAAGGUGGAGGUGAUAGUGAGCGAGUGGAUGGGCUAUGCUCUGCUGCACGAGUCCAUGCUCAACUCGGUGCUGUACGCCCGCGACAGGUGGCUCAAGGCCGGCGGGCUCAUCCUGCCGAGCAGAGCCGAGCUAUACAUCACUCCCAUCAGCGACCCGGUGGUGGAGGACCGCCUGUACUUCUGGUACACCGUCAAGGACCAGUAUGGCGUCGACAUGUCCUGCAUGUCCGACUUCGCUCGGAGGUGCAUCAAGAAUUCGGACAUCACGGUGAGCACCGUGGCCGUAGAGGACGUGCUUUCCCACCCGGCCCGCUUCGCCGAGCUCGACCUGCACUCGGUGACGGCGGAGGAGCUGCGGACGGUGAAGGGCCGCUUCAGGUGCGAAUCCUUCGGCUCGGCUGCGGUGAAUGCGUUCUGUGUUUACUUCACGGUGACUUUUCCCUGCUCGGACAAACCGCAGUCGCUCGUUCUGUCCACGUCCCCGUUCAAACCGGAGACCCACUGGAAGCAGGCGGUGCUGUACCUGGACUUCCCUGUGGAAGUGGUGCAGGAUACGCUGGUGAGCGGAGAGGUUAGCAUGUUUCCCUCUGAGGACAGCUCCAGACACAUAUGUAUCCAUGUAGACUACACUGUAGGAGAGAGAAAAAUACAAUCCAAGACUUUUUCCAUCCCUGACUGGACCUCUGACUCUCAGCCAUAGUGGGAUUUAAGGAUAAACUAAUUCAGUUCAUUCACCGUUACACUUGAGUGCCCAAAAUUACUCCAGACCUCAGUUAUUUUUACCAGCUAUUCUCACUGGAUUGAUACGAAACAGGAGAUAUGACUGUAACUUUCACUAAUGCAAACUGUUAACAUUCACAGUUACAUUUAAUAUGGUAAUUUCUGGUCUUCACUCAUUAGUUCUGGCUAAAGUACUAAAAUAUAUUUUUUAAUUUAUCAGCAGUUGCUACAAAUUGAUUUGAGAAAGACAAAAGUUGUUAAAAUACUUAUGCUUAUUUAAACUCAAUAAAGAGCAAAUUGUGAUGAAAAAUGCA